CCAAGAGCACUGUCUCUACCUCCAUCUACCGCUAGAUAUGCUUGUGUCAUACUGAGAGCGACCCGCCUUACCACAGAAUACGUAGGAUCUAUAUGUUCACGCCUUUCGGCACUUUCCACCGUUAUGGCGUCAUACUUUGACCUCCCACCGCAAACAAAAGCGAAAGCUGCGGCCACGGCAUUGCCAGAAAGCGAAAGAGGAGAGUGGACAGGAACAAGUCUUUUGUCUCCGCAAGUUACACAAUUGUUAGCCGAAUUAGACUUGGAAGAUCGAUCGAGCAGCGAUAGCGAAGAAGGUAGCUUGUCAGAGGAAGACAUACAGCCCAAGCAUAGCAGCAAGGGCACCAACCAUCACGGCCAUAAAAACAAACAGGUGGCGAUAUCCAAGAAAGCCGCGCCUUCAACCCAUCCGCCAAGAAAGUCCGCUUUGGAUUCCUCCUCAACGUCAACUUCGAGUCAGGUCAACAACCUUCCGCCGCGUCCCGGGAGCGGAGCUAAGUCCGUGGGAGUGCGACAACCCCAUAUGAACCGUUUCCACUCACUUCGAAGUAUCUUGUUUUUGUCUAAGAUCGAACAAAACCUUAUGGAAGUCAAACGGGAGGACCGCGUGCGGGAAGAAGCGGCUUCGGAAUGGAAGAAUCAACAUGAUCAGAGACAAAUCGGCAAACCAAAAACACCCGAGAAAGAACUGACACCCAAGGAUGGUCUUUCGCGUAGGAUCACCACCAGGAUACGGCGCAUGACUAGCAGAGACGUGCCGACUAUGGGGCAGAUCAGGGAGGGUGUGGAUGAUAGAUUGGAUGGCCGUGAAUCGACUGCGAGCUCUGACAACGAAGACGAGCAAACAAGUCCUAUUUUGAAUCGCCGUAACAGUGACGAAGGCAGCAUUGAUCACUCCGAUUUGGACGACCUCAUGCGUUGGGUCAGCAGACAAGAUCCACCCAGCGACGGGGAAGUACGAAAGCGAGAAAACCUGAACUCCGCUGAGAACCAUGGCGCACAUGAGAGCCUAGGAGAUUCAGACGUCGACGAGUUGGUUCAAUGGGCGAGUAGGAAAUCCGAUCCGGAGGGAAAGGAACAACCCCUCCCCGGGUAUAGUGACGCGUCGACCGAGUCCGACUCUGAAGCCAUCAACGGGUCAUCGAAUGAUGAAGAUGCGGAUGAACUCGUGCGGUGGAUAUCGCGACGCGAAGGGCCAAACGCAGGUCCAGCCCGCCAAAAGGCAUUACCGAAACCUGUUUAUCUGGACGAAGAUUCCGAGGUUUCGCAAUCCGAUCGAUCGAUGUCACGACACGACGGCAAAAACGGGGGAUCAAACCUUCUCAGCAAACGUGUGGCAUCUACACACCAAGAUGACGACUCGCCAGGGUCUCCAAGAGGAAGGCCAAUAGAACGGUCCUCUCCAAACAAGUUGGACCAUAACCUAACAGACGACGAUGUAAACGGUCUUGUGCAAUGGGUUUCUCGCAAGGAUUCUAACCAGCAAAACACACUUGAAGACGACGCUCGAGUGCUGGCACUCCAGCAUCAAGGAAACGAGUAAAAGAAACAAAUCGGCAUGGGUGCAAAUCGAGAAAGUCGAAGUCUUGGGGAUAUCAAGGAAUCAUUGAGAUUCGGAAAUAAGACUGCGGUGGAUAUUGAGUUCACCAGAAUGAAAAAAAAGUCAGAUCAUGUUCUCAGUGUGCUCGGGCUAGGACAAGAUGCCAUCGAAGAUGAAAUUGAAGAAGAGGGGAAGUACGAAUCUUAUGUAACGAGUGGAAUUAAUAAUUGCGUUAGUCAAAGGUCAUGAUACCUAGCUUGAUAUCUUUUGUGGAUUUAGCCUGCGUGUUUGUAUUUGUCAGAGUAAUUUUGUAAGAUC